AUGGGUGAGCAUGUCACCAAAAGGGCCUCCAAGAAGACAAAAUUGUACUCCAAGGGUCGCUGCGCCUCCAUUGCCGACAUCAAGAGCACCAUCUCCAACGUCGCACAACUUGCUGACUUUGCAACCGAAAACUUCUCCAUGUCCAACAACACACCCUUUUUGGUGGAACAGUUUGACACGGUUAUGGUUGCUUUGUCCCGACCUGACGCCGUCCAGUGGCAGCAUGUGAUCGACCUCACGGGUGUCGCUGUCCACAUCCUCCAUGACCUCCAAACCGUUUUCCAGGUCAUUGCCUCUGAGGCCAAGGACUUCACUCUCCACGCCGAAGCACGAUACUGGGCACCAUUCAACGUACUGAACUCUUCUCUGGCGCAAGAGCCCAGACACAGCUCCUGCUGGACAAGAUUGACAAAGGACUACAAAAUUGUCGCCGCCCCAACUAUCCCAGGACAUCCGCCCUGA